GAGACUCAAUGAGUACAAAAGAUUCAUAUAAGCCGAUUCCUGCACAGUUUUACGCAAGAGUCACUGGUUGAUUUGGUGUUGAAUGUCAAAGUCAGCACCUACAACAUGACUACUGUGGGAGAAGAUACAAUAGAAAUAGCAGCUCUGGGGAGACCAUUUCAACUGGGAAUGCUGUAUGACUGCAGAAAAGAUGCAAUCGUACCAGGAAUCACGCUUUGGGAUCGAGAGCAGCUGCAGGACAAUACAGUUGUUCGUCCUCAUAUUAAUACAGAGUUCACAGUUACAACUUUAGACACAAUUCAAGAAAAGGCAAAACACCUAAAAGUUAAUAGUGAACUGAAACUGAGUCUUUUGGGAGAUCUUGUCACAGUAAAUGGUGCAGCCCGAUAUUUCAAUGACAAUAAAAGGUCAUUUAUACAAGAGAGGUUGACGCUGCACUACAGAACAAACACCAAGUUUGAGCAUCUGACUAUGAACCACCUAGCACAAGGAAGAAUGGAUCACCAUGAUGUAUUUAAUCAUGAUGUUGCAACACAUGUGGUUACAGCAGUGCUAUACGGAGCGGAUGCCUACUUUGUCUUUGAUAGAGAGGUGAAUUUAUCUGAGCACAAAAACAACAUCAAGGGAGAAGUAAAUAUUGCUGUUGAUAAACUGAAGAUGCUUUCUUCUGCAGGUUCACAGGUAGCACUAAACCUGAAUGACAAAGAGAAAGAUGCAGUGAAAAAACUGAAUUGUACAUUUUAUGGCGAUUUCAUGUUGCCCUCUAAUCCAACAACUUUUGAAGAAGCUGUAAAGGUUUACACUGAUCUUCCAAAUAUGCUUGGACAGAAUGGAGAACAUGCAGUUCCAGUGAAGGUGUGGCUUUAUCCUCUGGUCAAGCUGGACUCAAGAGCAGCCAAACUUCAAAAAAUGAUCACUAGAGAUCUCAUUCGAGCUAUGGAGUCAGUAAUAGAGGAUUUGAAUGUCACAGAGAUGAAAUGUGGUGACUUGUUGCAAGACACAGUGGCAAAAUCAUUCAGCACAUUUCACAGCCAGGUUCAGUAUUUUCAUAAAUUCUGCUUCGAGUACAAGCGAGAUUUCAUGACAAAACUAGGGUUCCUCCUGCCAGAAAUCCGUGGUGGUCAAUCAGAUAUAAGUGCUGUGCAUGAACUUCUAGAAGCCCAUGAGAAAUCUCCUUUUAAUAGCAGGGAUCUUCAGCAGUGGAUAACAGUGAAGGAAAAAAAAUCCAACCAAGUAAAAGCACUGCUAACACAGCUCCAUGAACUUGGAGCAAAAGUGGAUGAAGACAGAGACAAAUAUCUACUGGACCUGAAUGUGGAGAAUUUGGUUUCUUAUGCUUUUACCUGUCUUCAGCACCCAGAUUGCCUCAUGACCAAACAAGGCAUCUACCUGAACCCCUCAAAGAUGAAAAGGAUAAGUGAAAAUCCACUUGAUGUAGAUUUUCAGGAAAAAAUGUCAACCUCUGAUGAUUUCAUAUGUAUGAAGAAUCAUUUGAGAACUUUUAAGAACUUGAUCACCUCAAAUAAGAGUCAAUCCACCAAAUUUAUUGUUCAAAGUGUGCCUCCAACGUCAAAGUAUCCAAGUUCUUGCAUUCUCGUGUAUGAAAAUGGAUGUAAUGAACCGAUCUGUUUUGUUCCUCCAUCAAAGCCAACAUAUCCAAACACUGAAGGUGUCACAGAUAACAGCAUAACAGUAAAGUUGAGCCCCUCAUGUUCUGCUACACUGGAAAGGAAAGUAUUGUACAAAACGAAAGAAGAAACAAACUGGAAAUCUUGCACUGUCCAUCAAGAUGAUAAAGUUACACUGACAGAUCUUCAGCAAGGCACUGCUUAUGAAAUAAAAUAUGGAGCAGUCGGGAAACUUGACUACACAGUCGAAAGUGAUGCAAUCACUGUUACAACUGAACACACUGUGGUUAAAAGGAAGAAGAAACUGAGGAAACCUAAAAGUGAAUUCACCCAGAACGUGGUUGGAUGGCGCAUCAGAGACAGUAGUCAUGAGCAAGGACAUUCCUCCCAGUUACGCAUCCCAUUUUUAAGUCAGGUCAAGCAGAAGACAUCGGGAUAUGAAAGUUUUUCUGGAUUGUUUCACAGAAAUGAUAGUCAUGAACAAGGACAUUCCUCCCAGCUAUAUGACCCAUGUGAACGUCAGGCCAAUCAGAAGACACCUGAAUAUAAAAGUGCUUCUGAAAAACUUGACUGGGAGAUUACACAACUGGAAAUGUUUGAAAAAGAAGAAGUUGAAAAUAAAAUAAAAUCACUUCUGAAUGCAGAUUUUUCUGAGUUAAUUCUUGCAACUGAACUGAGGCUGGUGUUGUUGGGGAGGACUGGAUCUGGAAAGACUGCAGCACUGAACAUCAUCCUGGGCAGAGAGGAGAGGAACCAGGCUGCUGCACCUCCAUCCACCCAGCAAAGUGAGAGCACACAGGGGGAGGUGGCUGGGAGAAGGGUGAUUGUGGUGGACACUCCUGACUGGUUCUCUCCUGAACUCUCUCUGGAGGAGCUGAAACAGGAUGUGGAACACUGUGCCCAUCUAUCUGCUUCAGCACCCCUCGUCUUUCUCCUGGUCAUACCUGUAAAGCAUUCGGAAGUUCGUAUAGAACUGGAAGUCGAAGAGACACUGUUGAAGAUGGAAAAGAUUUUUGGGAAGAGAUUUUGGGGAAACAUCAUGACCCUCUUCACUGUUACUGAUGAACUUCAGAAGCAGAACAUUGAGGAAUUUAUCCAAACAGGAAACCGGGCAUUUCGGAAGUUUGUACGGAAAUGCAGAAACAGGUCUCACUGUCUUAACAUUAAGGAGAGGGGAGAUGGUUCUCAGGUCUCAGAGCUGCUGGAGAAGAUAGAGAAGAUUGUGGAACAGCACAAAAAUACAAGUGAGAUUUGUGAGAUGAUGAGACAUAUGGAAAGCGAAAGAAAGGAGAAAGACGCAACAAUCAGGAAAGAGCGACAUGAAAUGCAGAAAAGCCUCAACACCUUCAAGAAGCAUAUUCAGGAAUAUCAAGAAGACCUAAAAACCUUAGACAAAAGUAAUCUGGAGUACAGAGAAAUGAUUUGCAAGCUGAAAAAGAAAAAUGAGUUGAAAAGAAAUAUUGGGGAACGUAUAAAGAAAAUGUAUGACAAUGUUGCAGGUCUGGAAGAAAAUAGACAAUUUAUGAAGGUUAUUUUGCCAGAAAACCAGCAAACUGUAUGGCUUUCAUUGCCAGAUGAGCAGAGCAAAAUGCUUCAAAAGUACAACGUGCUAACUCAACUUAAAGAAUGGUUUUCAGAGUACCUGGAAACGUCCACAUGGAAAGCAUCAUAUUAAUAAGGAAGUGAAAAUCAAAUAUUCACUUGGCUCAAUUAUAUAUUUAAAAUGAGGCUUGAUGUCAUUGUCAUUGUGUGCAUCUACAGUAUGAAAAACAUAUACAGUUCAUUCAUAAACCAAUGUUUAUCAAUUCUGUAUAUUCAAGAAAAGAAGAUAACAUUCUUUAAGUUCUUUCUUUGUUCACAAAUGUAUCAAUGAGACACUUAUUUCAAUCAACAAAAUGUAACCUUUGUAAAGGACUGAUGCUGCAAGCAGGAGAGAGCACGGACACACAACCCAACUGUUUAUUGUAAUUGUAUCAAUAAAACUGUCAUAAAACUAAA